GCUGGCUCCAGAGGCCAUGAGGCUGCCGCUGCUGCUGCUGCUGGGAGCCUGGGCCGUGUCAGGGAGCCUCGCGGACAGGGUCUCACUCAGUGCCACUGCCCCCCAGCUGGAUGAGGAGGAGAAGUACUCAGCUCACAUGCCCACUCACUUGCGCUGUGACGCCUGCAAGGCAGUAGCCUACCAGAUGUGGAAACAUCUGGAAAAAGCAGAGGCCAAACUUCAUCCCGGAGAUUCCUGGGAGUGGCAGGAGCUGAGUGAGUCAGCAUACACAGAUGUCCUGGACCGGAGCUGCUCCCAGGACUGGCAGGACUACGGGGUCCAAGAAGUGAACCACGUGAAACGUCUCACUGGCCCAGGGCUUAGCGAGGAGCCAGGGUUAAGCAUCAAAGUGAUGAUCAGAGGGGGCCCCUGGCCCAACAGGCUCUCCAAGACCUGUCUGCAGUACCUCGGGGAGUUCGGAGAGGAGCGGAUCUAUGAAGCCCACCGCCAAGGCCAGGAGACUCUGGAGGCCCUGCUGUGCGGGGGCCCCCAGGGAGCCUGCUCGGAGGAGGCACCUGUCCCAAGGGAAGAGCUCUAGUCCUCCUGUCUUUCCCCUGAAUAGCCAUUGGCCCUCCUCCGGAUCUCCCACAUCCCUUCCUGCAGGCCAGGUGGCCUGGAGGGCAGGGAGUCCUUGCCCUGUGCUGCCUCCCGCG